ACAACAUAUGUGAUAACGGCAGAGAAAUUGAGAUAACGGGCACCACUUGGUUGUGCGCAUCUGAUUCAUUGAGUCCAAUUCGGGGGUGAAGAUUGCUGCCGCACCCACCACCUUGUGCUGAUUAGGACUGGAGGCAGCUACUUGCAUGCUCGCAGCAAAGAAAAAGUACAUGAACUGUGUGGGACUGGCGGCAGGGACGGCCAAAAGAUGGGUGGCAGUGUCUAGAAACAAGGUCAUGGACAGAACAUGAUUUGAGCCUACGUCUCCAGAGGCAUGAUAUAAACCCGUACCCACUCAAUGAAAUAGCGGUAUAGCGAAUACAAGGCUUCUACCAGCGGUUGAUUUGAUUGGCUUCUGGCGCAACAAGGUACACGCUAUACUCGAAAAAGCGACGGCUUUGCCACAUCUGCAUCUGGCGUGCUCAAUGCUCACCGAGAUUCAUCCUUUGACACAACGGCAUCUGGCGGUCUCAGUGCUACCGAUUCAUCAUGCAUCCCGCACUUGCGCUCCAUCAUAUUGCAGUGCAUCAUGCCAUGCAGUCGCUGUUGGACAGACCAUCUGUUGUCGGGGAAUACCGCCUUGUUUGUUCCUCCCGCUCGUACCGGCCAGUAACCCAGUUGACCCAUUUGCGAACUUCGACGCCGAGAUGAGCAGGCGUAGCUUCAUCAAUGCGUGCCCGGGUUUAUUUCCCACGUCAUUAUUGUUCUUCCACAUGUACUGA